CUUGCUAAUAAUGCAUGUGCCGCGCAUUUCUUGGAUAUCAAGAAACAAUCGAGUAAAUUCCAAAUCUCAAUGCACUUGCAAAAUAUUGAAACUUGCUGUAUUUACACUAUUAUUAUUUGCCUUGUAUUGCGAGCUAAGUACUUGGGAUGGCAUCGUGGAUCCAGAGGAAAACUUCAAAUUGCGAACAGCUGAAGAUAUCAAAGCGUAUACGAAGCUCUUCUUGGAAUAUGGCUAUAAUGCUUGGUUGUCUGAACGGUUGCCACUGCGACGCGAGUUACCCGAUAUGCGUGAUAGUCGCUGCUUGAAUAUCAAAUAUGAUCAGGAUUUUGAAUUGCUCAACACAGUGUCUAUCGCUGUGAUUUUUCGCAACGAACAGCUGGAAACAUUGCUGCGAAUGUUUCACAGUUUGCGAGACAGAACAAACAUGACGUUGAUCAGCGAACUAAUUGUGAUCAACGAUUACAGCGAUAAGGAAUUUUGGCUUGAUAAAUCCUCCAGAGAUGCAUUCGAUGCGUAUUUGAAGCACUACAUAACCCAAAAUUUGCAAAUCUUUCACACGGAAGAUCAGAUGGGAUUGGUGCGUGCUCGAAGAUUUGCUGUACGCAAUUCCAAUUUCGACAUUAUUAUAUUUGUGGAUGCGAAUGUCGAGUUUACCGACCGAUGGUUGGAGCCAAUGUUAACUGUGCUCAAUCACCACGAACCGACCCUUGUGUCUCCUCAAAUAGAUCGAAUUGAUGAACAGACACUCGAGUAUGUGCGAGUUGAGGAGCAUCGUGGCGUCUUUGACUGGACGCUGAGGCGACGCGAGGUGCCUCUGUUGCAGCAGCAACUGAAGGACAUGCCAAAUCCCUUCGAGACUCCUGUGCCAAACACUGUAGUCUUUGGCAUGGAUGCGGACUUGUUCAAUAGUCUAAUACAUUUCGAUGAGGAUCUCAAUUCACCAGCUGCUUUCGAAAUGCAGCUAAGCUUUUAUGUGUGGCAUCAAGAACUGCGCAUUGUCCAAGUGCCCUGCUCCCGAGUGGCACAUUUGCAGCCCAGCGAUCGGAGUUACCUGCAACGCAAUGGCAAUAUGCAGCAAUUGGCGGCGCAGCAAUUCAGUAGUUACAAGCGCCUGGUGGAAAUCUGGCUAUAUAACACCAAGUACAAGUCUUUUAUCUAUGAGAAUCACCCGCAAAUCAAAAAUGCUAUCCUUGGCAAUAUCUCCGAUGUAGAGGAGGAGUACGAAUACCUUCCAGUGCUCAAGUCUUUCGAUUGGUAUUUGGAGAAUGUUGCACCUGAUUUGUUGCAGCAUUUCCCGCUGAAAGCACGCACAGACCUUGCCAAUGGCACUCUGCGACCUGCUCAACAGCGAACUCAAUGUCUGACUGGUGACUUGCAAACUAAUCGCAUUAGUUUAAUGCCUUGCGAUCCUUCUAAGCGAGCAGCUCAGCACUGGACUCUUAGCUAUAUGAACGAUCUGCGACUUGGCGAUAAUCACUGUCUUGAGGUACAGUCCAAUCGCAAGCUGGCUUUAAGUCAAUGCACCACUCUGGCAGGUCCACAGAACUGGCACUUUGACUUGAACUACAAUUAUCUGGUUAGUAAUACGCUGUGCUUGGAGGCUCAUCCUAAGUUUUUCCUUAUGGUGCGAACUUGCAGCACUAUAAAUGCACAACAAAAGUGGUAUUUUGGGCGCAUUCGUAAAGACGUCAUCAAAGCAAAUAAUUUUUACUAA